UGACCAGUCUGAACGUGCAACUGCCGCAACUGCCACAAGUGCCGCACGUAGCGCACGUACCGCAACCAGUGUGCCAGAGCCUUUAAGCUCGUGUGAUGUCAUGUGGAUAAGGGAAUUGCAGCAGCCGAAGAAUCUAUGUCGCUAGAGCAAAGGUAGAAGGUUAUAUUUUUUAAGAUGUACUUAAGGAAGAUAACAAACGUGAUGAAUAGUUUGCGGUUCAAACAAAUAUUUAUUCCUUCUGCGAAUCUGUGCGGCUUUUCUGUGAAUCAGCAAAAGCGAUCGAGCGAAGAAUCCAGUCAAAAACCAUUGAAAUAUUUUGGAAGCCAAGCCUCUCGCUGGACUGCACAGAAUAGUAGAAGUGGACCGAAGCGAGAUAUUCCAUGGUUCCAGCCGUACGUGGUUAAUUUCAGCGUCUUAUUUUUUCUUAUUUAUUUUUGCCUUCUUAGAGAGGAAAAUGACAUAGAUCAGAGCCUUGGCCGAUCUCUUUUUGAACAUGUACCUGGAUUGGAAGAAAAACAAUUGAUUCUAAGCUACCAUUACAACAAAGAGAAUGGUUUACCGACAGUGGAUAUAGAAAUGCGAAUGACUGAAUUAGGAUUGAAACCCGAAACUACUGGUUAAAUGUACAACUAAAAUAAAGGAGGCUAAACCGGUAGAUCUGGUCCGUGUGA